AUGGCUUCUUCGUCACAUACCUCUGGAGAUUCUAUGGCCGACCUAUUGGCCUCUCCACCAAGAACAUCCAUGCAAAUCCGCGGAACACAUAAAACAAGCAAGGUGAUCGAUGUCGUCGACUUUGAUCUGUGGAUUGACUGUGCAAGAGUGGCUGAAAUCAAGUCUGGGCAGUUUUUGACGUGUGAUCCAAGAGAUUAUCGUCACUGGGAAUUAUCCACUGGCGAGCAUAAUCGCGGGUUUCAGGCGAUAUCUGAAGACUGGCUUGAUGAAUGGCUCAGAAAUAGCGGCGAUAAUUGUCGCUGGACCCUCCGCAAAAUCGUCCGGAUGUCUGAUGAUGAGUGUCGCGGUAUAAAGGUUCAUAUAGAGUCCCUUGCACGCCAAAUUGCCUACUGUGGGUCCGUCGAUGUCGUAUUCCAUGGCCUGACAAUGGAGGACCAUACCAUGUCUCUGUCACAGACAGUGGAAGGGCAGAGAGCAGAACUUCGAGUGGAAUGGAGUUGGGCCCAUCUUUUCACUCCCCAAGACACAUCACGAGACCACUGUAUAAUGAAUGCAAUGGUUGAUCGUACGAAAGGCUUUGUCUCUUUCGACAAUCCAGGACCGUCCUAUGGGAUGUCACCGUUCAGAAGAGCUAUAAAACCUGGUUCUCGUAUUGUAUCAGGAGAGCGGGAUGCUGUUGGAGUAAAGCAUUCUGUGCGAAUAUUUUCACCAUGGGGGUCAGAAGAAUGA